AUGGAGACUAAUCACCCUAAACAGCUUUCAGCUGAACAGCCAAAACCCCCAGGGGACAAUUCAUCACUCAAGCAAAAUGGCCUGGGAAAGCAAGAUGGCCAGCAGCCCUCAACCUCACUCGAAGUACCAGAGCAGGAGACAAGUGUAUGCCCUGAGAAGGGCACCCAUGACAUCUCUGAAGAGUUGAACCGACAGCUGGAGGACAUCAUAAACAUGUAUGGGUCUGCUGCCAGCCCCACAGAGACAGAGGGUACCACUGAAGCUAAGGAGCAGCCCGAAAACACAGAGAUGCUGGACAAUGAGGAUGGGGACUGUGAAGAAACCACUGAAGAGACAGACAGAGAAGCCACUGCUUCUGAAGAGCCAGCCUCUGCCAAGGAGCCUGUCAGCAAUAAAGAGCAGAAACUGGAAAAGAAGAUCCUAAAAGGGUUAGGCAAAGAAGCUAACUUGCUAAUGCAAAAUCUGAACAAGCUGCAAACAGCCGAAGACAAGCUUGAUUUCUUAUUCAAGAAGUAUGCUGAGUUGCUGGAUGAGCAUCGAGCUGAGCAAAAGAAACUAAAACUCCUACGGAAGCAGCAGGCACAGAUCCAGAGAGAGAAGGACCAGCUUCAGAGUGAACACAACCGAGCCAUCCUCGCUCGAAGCAAACUUGAGAGUCUGUGUCGGGAGCUGCAGAGGCACAACAAGACACUGAAGGAGGAAACCCUCCAACGGGCACGUGAGGAAGAAGAGAAGAGGAAAGAGAUCACAAGUCAUCUUCAGACUACCCUGACAGACAUCCAGACUCAGAUAGAGCAACAGAGCGAGCGAAAUAUGAAGCUCUGCCAGGAGAACUCAGAGCUCGCAGAAAAACUGAAAAGCAUCAUUGAUCAGUAUGAGCUCAGGGAGGAGCAUCUGGACAAAAUAUUUAAACACAGAGAACUACAGCAGAAGUUGGUGGAUGCGAAACUUGAACAGGCUCAAGAAAUGAUGCAGGAAGCAGAGGAGCGGCACAAACGGGAAAAGGAAUAUUUGCUGAACCAGGCGGCAGAGUGGAAACUUCAGGCCAAAGUGCUGAAGGAACAAGAGACAGUGCUGCAGGCUCAGCUCACCCUCUACUCAGGAAGGUUUGAGGAGUUCCAGAGUACACUGUCAAAAAGCAAUGAAGUGUUUGCCACUUUCAAGCAGGAAAUGGAUAAAACAACCAAGAAAAUGAAGAAGCUGGAGAAGGAUACUGCCACAUGGAAAGCCCGAUUUGAGAACUGUAACAAAGCUCUGUUGGACAUGAUUGAAGAGAAAGCCCUGAGAGCUAAGGAAUACGAGUGUUUCGUGAUGAAAAUCCAGAGGCUGGAGAGCCUGUGCCGUGCUUUACAAGAAGAGAGAAAGGAACUCUACAAAAAAAUCCAAGAAGCAAAAAUAUCUGAAAAGGAAGAGCAGGGUCAGCACACCUCUGACGAAGAGCCAGAGUCAAAUGUCUCCGAAGAUAAAGAAAUAGGUGCAGAGGAAGCCAACAGUGUUCAAAACGCCAUGAAAAACUUGGCCACAGCUUUCACCAUCCUUCAUCAUCCAGAGUCCACCCUGGACCAAUCAGAGGAAAGACAACCAGCAGUGAUUGGUCCUGAGGGUGGAAGUGACAUCACCCCGCAGCAGCCUGAACUAGCCCUUCUGAACCCUUCCACUGCUUCAGGGAGUGCUGAGCUUCCUCCUCUGGUUUCUCAGGCUGAGACAGUAGGGCUCUGUGAGGCUGCACCUGCCUCUACAGCAAGCUGUACCCCUGCAGGGGCAGAGCUCCAAAGCCAGGGACUUCCUGCCGGGAACCCCCUGGACCUGAAGCUCCAGAAGCCAGAGGCAAAAGCUUCUGAUCAGGCCCCAGUGUCCCCAGCCCAGGGUUCCCUAACUGUAGUGGAGGCAAAAUGCACUGUUUCACCAUCUCCAGAGAGUGAGGGAGUCCCUGCUGUGGUGCCUGGCUGUGAGCCCAGGGAGCAGCCCCACCAGCAGCCACAGAGAUGCCCCUAG